GCUGCUUUGGGUCAUCCUUGCAUAGCAUUCGCCAUCUUUUCUUUUGUCUGUUGUAAGAGAUUUUGGAAGUAAAGGGGAGGUCUUGGCAAGUUGAUCAUUAAGGUUUAUUUACUUUCAAAACUAUCAUCCCUCAAGCCAAGUUGCCAUGGCCUCGGACACUCAGCCACAGCCAACUGAAGUUCAGGGUGUAAUUACGCCUGCUCUUCAGGUGCCGGUAACUCAAAAUGGGAAAGGAGGUCUGGAAAAACUGGAAAGUAUCCUGGCUUCCUCCGCCUACCUGGAGAUGAUGGAAAGCUGUAAGAACUUCAACAAGCGUCUGCUGGUGGAGCGAAAGGGCCGCGUGCCAUUCAUCGACGCGCAUACUGGGCUGGCGCAGACCGACUGCCGGCUGUGGAUGGAGCAGCGACAGCGGAUGCCUGGCGUCAAACCGGGCCAGGUGUACACCUACCCGGCCAAACGCUGGGUCAAACGCCGCCGACAGUACCUCAACUUCUUCAUGCAGCCCAAGAAGUUCGCCCUGGAGGAGUGCGAGCUGUCGAUCGCGUCCGUCCAGAACCCCACCUUCACGGAGGAUAGCGUCAACAGCGUGAACGAGGGGUCCAAGGAUGCCUGGUUCUAUGAGGAUGCUGAGAUGGACCGUGAUGACUUCGAGGAGAAUUCGGACAACUCCGACUUUGAUUUCGACGAUCGGUAUAGGAAAAAGAAGAAGUCGGCGACUGGAUCUAAACGCAGCUCGGGUCGCGGCAGCAGCAGUCGCCGGCGCACCGCCGAUCCAGAGGAUGACUCCAAGAAGCCGUGGGCCUGCGAGCUCUGCUCGGCCCGCUAUAAGACGAGGCCCGGCCUCACCUACCACUAUGCGCACUCGCACAAGGAGGAGCGUCGCCGUGAGCAGCGCGCCGCGGAGCCCGGCUACGAGCCGCCGCCGCCGGCGCCGGACCACGAGGGCACCGCCGCCGCCGCCGCGGACGACACGGACGAGUCGACGGCAGCUCCAGAAAAGCCGCGAGGAAAGGAGAAAGCAGGCUCCCGCGGCGGCCGAACGUCCCGCCAGGCGGCCGCUGCUGCCAGCGCCGCGCUCGCUGCCCAGGCCGACAUGGACAAACUGGCCAAGGCGGCGCCUCCUGCGGCGGCGGCCCAGGUGCCCGCUGCGCCGGCCAAGGCAGCCCAGCCGCCGGUUGAGAAGCCGGAGCGGGCGCCGCCGUCGGCGGCGGCCGCCGAGCCAGCGCCGGAGAUAGCUGGUGAGAAGAAGCGCACGGCGCCCUCGCUGUACUGCGACUUCUGUCUGGGAGACGCUCAACACAACAAGAAGACGGGCGCGCCCGAGGAGCUCGUCUCGUGCUCCGAUUGCGGACGAUCAGGUCACCCGACUUGCCUCCAGUUUACCGACAACAUGGUGAUCUCGGUGAAAAAGUACCGCUGGCAGUGCAUCGAGUGCAAGUGCUGCUCACUGUGCGGCACCUCUGAUAACGACGACCAGCUGCUGUUCUGCGACGACUGUGACCGCGGCUACCACAUGUACUGUCUGUCACCGCCGCUGACGGAGCCGCCGGAGGGCUCCUGGAGCUGCCACCUGUGUGUGCGCGAGUUCCACGCGGGUGUCCAGCCGGCGUCCGUGCCCCAGCCGGCCCAGUGAGCGGGGUCAGUACCGGCGGUGGUGGGGAAGCCGGCGGUUACAGUGGCGCGGACACGGCAGACGGCCGGCGCAGAGGUGGAAAAGACAGUGGGAGGAAGAGGACAGAGACGGAUGCGAUGGGAGGGGAGGUCAGAGGCGGAUUCGAUGGGAGGGGAGAGGACAGCAAAGGAGUGGAAAAAGAGAGGGACGAGUGGAGGAGGAAAGGAACAGAGAAGAAACAGGAGAUAAUGUGUGGGGAAUGCAAGAAUACAGCACCAAGCAGCAGCUGUUGGCAGGUCGUUAGCCAGCGGACUAUUCUGUUGACUGCAUGGCCAGUCUGCAACACUGGCUGGUCAGACCAGUCGGUCAUUGAUCAGUCAGUCAACAGUGGUGACUGAAUGGACUCGUAGCCUCAGCAGCAUUAACCUCAGCAGUCUCAUCCUCAGUCGUACCAGGCACUUCUCAUGCCAUGGAAACGGCCUGCGGUGCUCGCAGCUGGCUGUUGCCAAUCUAAGCUUGCCAGAUGCAAAGAGCUCAGCCGUUUUUUAGUCUGACCAGUCGUCAUGCUUCAAGUCUAGACAGUGCUACCCUGUGAGAAAACAGAUGGAUCUGCUGUUGUAUCAUGCCGUUGAUCGGAAAUUGAGCUUUGUAUUGAAAGCUGUCCCGUGGUCGAGUGCGCCGUUCCAUUUUACAUCAAUUUGUUUUCAGUUACUGCUUGUGUUUUGCCGCGGUUCUGUUCAUUUGCGAGUGAGCUCUCAGUCUCUGGGAUGUGUAUGGGUGCUGUAUGAUUUCCUUGCCGAAUUGGAAAAUGACAGGCCAGGCUAGGUGAAAACUGAAAAUCGACUAGCAUCAGCUAAGCUAAGUCGAGCUGAGUUCCGUAGGUGUGGGCGGCCUUGUUGCGCUGGUCCAGGAGCUGACCAUUUCCAAUUACCAUCGAAGGAAGCUGAUGUUUGCAAAAUGUAGUAAAUGUGCGCGUAUGAUCUAUCCUCUCGUCUAGCGACUUCGCGUGGUUUCCAAUUGUGUAAGGACCGUGGCGUUGAAGAAUUGCGCUAUUUGAAUUUAUCCAUUGUGCUAUCUCAGUUUUCACCACAUUUCUCACUUUUGUUUGGCAGUGUUCCAAGUACUGUUUAGGAAUAGUGAGAGGUUUUUGUAUGGGCUCGUAGACGUUGUGUCUAUUCUGGCAUGCGGGACUUUUCCCCUGAACAAAUGUGACCUGGAAAUACAGCGUCAGUUCUGAACGGUUAAACCGUA